AUGUUUUUUUGCUUCUCCAUUUCGUCCGUGGAAGGUGUUCGUUCAUAUUUGAUUUCAUUCUCAUUCCAGGCGUUAUGUUUCCUCUUUUACGGACUGUUGUUGGUUGUGAUUGCUUCAGAAUAUUUAAUCAUUUUACCGUAUGAAAACUAUAUGCGACCGUCAUUUCUAAUACCAAUUUAUUACGUUACGGGUCUUUAUCUAAUCAUUAACAUAUUGUAUCAUUAUUGGAAAGUUUGUACGGUGGAUCCGGGCAAACCUGAAUCAGUGAGUUAUACGUAUCUUUUUCGUGCACUUGAUUACUUUCAACUCUUAUCCAAUCCUCAAAUGGUACCGUUCUGUGUGCAGCCAAUAGAGAUGGUACCAUGGCGUAAGUGGAUGUGCGAGAAUAUGGCUGAUUUCGUGAAUGGGUGUGUUUGCUUUGAUUAUGGCCUAGCCAUUUUGCUGGUUCUGGUAUUGGGUGGCCUAGCCGCCUUCAACAUUUACAUGAUCUCGAUUGGAGAAACACUCAUCGAUUACUUGCAAGACGCAGAUGAACGACGUUCGCAACGUAACUGGCGUUCAAGUAACGAUAUUGGUUUAAAACUGAAUUGGUUGCGAUUUUUAGGUCUCAAGAAGGGACGUUCAUUUUGGCGUUAUAUUCUUCUGCCGUCAUCGCAUAAGCCACUGUUUGAGUACUAUUCAAGUUAUUUGCGACAUGAUCCAACGCAUAUUGUUUAG